AUUAUCUGCCGGAAGAGGUCAAAGAGGAAGAUCGCUAGCUGCUUGCUAAUGUUGCUAACUAACAGGGAAGCAGCGCAGCGUGUGGCUCAGCAGCAUAAAUCUAUAAAGGUGCACAGUCCUGCUCUGGAAGUUUUCAGGCUUGGAUCCGAAGUCCUUUUGUCUUGAACCCACCCUUUACCACUCUCAUGGCUGCAACCCUGCUUUAGAGUUUUGUUUUUGUCUAAUUUAAGGAAUUGGAUGCGAAUGGACAAAGUUUUGGAUUGGAAUUAGGCUAAGGACCAAUACCACAACUAUUUAUGAAAAUACAAAGUGAUCUUAAAGUCUGCAGGUGCCCCUAUUCUGUGUCAGCAGUACCACUCACUCAACCACCAUGUCCGAUGGCCGGAUCUAUGUGGGGAAUCUUCCCAUGGAUGUCCAGGAGAGAGACAUUGAGGAUCUCUUCUACAAAUAUGGAAAAAUUCGGGAUAUUGAAUUGAAGAACAAUAGGGGAACUAUCCCUUUUGCCUUCAUUCGAUUUGAGGACCCACGGGAUGCAGAUGAUGCUGUCUAUGGAAGGAAUGGAUAUGGAUAUGGAAACUCCAAGCUGCGUGUAGAGUAUCCUCGCUCUGUUGGUGCAAAAUUUGGUCCUCCAGGAGGAGGAGGAGGCACUGGAGGAGCACCUAGGGGAAGGUUUGGACCCCCGACUCGGAGAUCUGAAUUCCGCGUCAUAGUGACUGGUUUGCCCCCAAGUGGUAGCUGGCAGGAUCUGAAGGAUCACAUGCGAGAAGCAGGAGACGUUUGCUUUGCUGAUGUGCAGCGAGAUGGAGAGGGGGUGGUAGAAUUUCUCCGUAGAGAGGACAUGGAGUAUGCGCUACGCAGACUGGAUCGAACCGAGUUCCGUUCCCAUCAAGGCGAGACUUCUUACAUCCGAGUCUUCGAGGAGAGGACUACCCCUAACUGGGGUCGGUCACGGUCCCGCUCCAGAUCCAGAGGCCGGUAUUCACCUCCCUAUAACAGGGGAUCUCCUCCUCGCUAUCAGUCCCCUCCACGGCAUGCAAUGUCACGCCAUAGUCCACCCCCAAGACGACACCCUCCGCCCCAUAGCCCUCCACCACGCCACUAUCGCUAAAAGGCUGUUCGUUUAUAAAAGAAUUGGGGAAAUGCUUUUGUAUUUUUUUUCUCAUUUACCCCAGGCCUCCUCAUAGGAUACACAGUUUUUUUUUCUGACACACAUUCCAUUGUCAUGGCCCCCUAAACACUCUGCUGCUCCCCACAGCCUCACUUGACCUUGUUGGAUCACCAUCAACCCCCCCGUUAGUGACGUUAACUGUGUUUGUUAAAGUUGUAAUAAUGUAACAUCACAUUGUCCAAAUUACAUAAAUUCUGCAGCUAUCCAUCUGUGUCAAAGCCAGGAGGAAAUUUGGCCAUAGGACAUUGAUUAUACUGAUGGAUAACCUUGGAUAUAUCACUUCUUGACGGAUUUUAUUUUUUUUGUGGGGCACAUUUCAGUAGCUUUAAGUCCAAAGUUGUUGCCAACCUGUGAAGCUAUUAGAUCCCAUUCUUUUCUUCAGAACAUGUCAGUUUAUUGUGCAUUAGCCUUUUAGAGUAGCAGAACUAUGACUUUGAUCCUCACCUGUCAGAAUGUUUUAUGUGACCCUCUGAAAAAGGAGGCCUGUAGGUGGACUUUAAUUUGUAUACGUCAUGUUUUUUUUUCCUUUAUCAAUAAAAGCCAGACUUUUACUGUG